AAUAAAGGCAAUUGAAGAGAAGCAAUGUUAGGGUCCUCCAUAAACCUCAUUCUCCCGCCGCCGAUUUCAUCUUCGCCGUUUCUCUCUCUCAGUCGUCUCUCUCUGCCGUCUCUCCCCGCCGCCGGAUUGUUGAAGGCGUCAUCGAGGAAGCUUGUUUCUGCAACUAAGGCGCGUUCAGUGCCAGCCAUGGCAGCUGGUGGAGGGAAUGUGCCGAGUGUGAAGUGGCAAUUAGGAAAGCUGUUUGAAGUUUCGAUUAGAACAGUCGUGCCUGAUGUGAAUGUCGAGCCGGUUGUUGUUCCAUCAGCUGGGCGAUUUGGAGACUAUCAAUGUAACAAUGCCAUGGACAUAUGGUCUAAGAUUAAGGGAAAGGGAACUGCAUUCAACAAUCCUAGAUCUGUUGGGGAGGCUAUCAGGGGAAAUCUUCCUCAAUCUGAAAUAAUAGAGAAUUGCACAGUAGCAGGGCCUGGGUUUGUUAAUAUUGAGUUGUCGAAUAAUUGGAUGGCUAAGAGCUUGCAAAAGAUGCUUAUUGAUGGGAUCGAAACAUGGGCACCACAGCUCCAGAUCAAACGGGCUAUUGUAGACUUUUCCUCACCUAACAUUGCCAAGGAAAUGCAUGUUGGCCAUUUGCGAUCUACAAUUAUUGGGGACACGCUAGCCCGUAUGCUUGAGUAUUCCAAUGUUGAAGUUCUUCGCCGUAAUCAUGUUGGUGACUGGGGAACACAGUUUGGCAUGUUGAUUCAAUUCCUAUUCGAAAAAUUUCCGGACGUGGAUGAUGUUAAUAAAAUGGAAAUCGGUGAUCUUCAGGAUUUCUAUAAGCAAUCCAAAAAGAGAUUUGAUGAGGAUCCAGCCUUCAAGGAGAGAGCACAAGCUGCAGUGGUAUCCCUUCAGGGUGGGACUCCCAAGUACCGUGAGGCAUGGCUUCAAAUAUGUGAUGUCAGCCGUAGAGAGUUUCAAAUGGUCUAUGAACGCCUUGGAACUCAGUUAGAGGAAAAGGGAGAAAGCUUUUACAACCCAUAUAUCCCUGGGGUUUUAAAGAAGUUGACUGACCAAGGUUUAAUAGUGGAAAGCGAGGGUGCACGUGUAAUCCAUCUGGAGGGUUUUAACAUCCCUCUUAUAGUUGUGAAGAGCAAUGGCAGUUAUAAUUACGCUUCCACUGAUUUGGCAGCUCUUUGGUACCGCCUUAAUGAGGAGAAAGCUGAAUGGAUCAUAUAUGUUACUGAUGUUGGCCAGCAGCAACACUUUAGUAUGUUUUUCAAGGCCGCUACACUUUCUGGUUGGCUUCCAGUUGAUGGCUCAUACCCUAAAGUUAGCCAUGUUGGUUUUGGUCUUGUUCUUGGAGAAGAUGGCAAACGAUUCCGAACUCGCUCUUCUGAUGUAGUUAGAUUAGUUGAUUUACUUGAUGAAGCCAAGAGCCGAAGCAAAACCAGUCUUGUCGAGCGUGGUAAGGGUGAAGACUGGAGUGAAGAUGAGCUUGAGCAAACUGCAGUGGCCGUUGGUUAUGGCGCUGUGAAGUAUGCUGAUCUGAAGAACAACAGAUUGACCAAUUACACUUUUGAUUUUGAUCAAAUGCUUAAUGAUAAGGGUAACACUGCUGUUUACUUGCUAUACAUGCAUGCUCGGAUCUGCUCGAUAAUAAGAAAAUCGGGUCAAGACAUUGAUGAAUUGAAAAGGACGGGAGAAAUUGUGCUGGGUCAUGCAGGCGAGCGUGAUUUGGCGCUUCACUUAUUGAAGUUCUCUGAGACCGUGGAGGAGGCUUGCACGAAUCUCUUGCCAAGCGUCCUGUGUGAAUACCUGUAUAAUUUAUCAGAAAUCUUCAGCGGAAAGUUCUAUUCAGAAUGCAAGGUUAUCGGUGUGGCUGAGGAAACGAGUCGACUCUUGCUUUGUGAAGCAACAGGCAUAGUCAUGAGGAAAUGCUUUCAUCUUCUCGGAAUUGAAGCAGUGUACAAGAUGUAAUAUGUUCACCCAGUCCACAGUUAAAUCUCCAAAGAUAUAAUGGUGUACGAUAUGAUUCUACAGCCUGCUUAAACUUAGGGAUUUUGAACUCUUGUUAAUCCAAUUUUCACUGUAAAACCGUUGAACGACUA